GGCUUCCAGAAUCGUGACAUCACGCCCAUUUAGAAUCUUACCACCACUUUGACCCUUUGAGCCUUUGAUCCUAAAAACCCAUAAAUAGGAGUGAGAAGCAACAACUUUUAGUUCGUUGUUCGCAGCAUUUAUGUUCGCAGCAUUGAAACGUUUGAGAGAGAAGCCUUUCAAAACAAUUGGAUCCUUUUCAGAGUGACUUUUUACACUUUCCAUCAUGUCUCUGAAAAAACACACAAGAAAAGAAAAAGUAAAGCCCAGCUCUCCUCUUCUGGCUCAAGAAGACAAUAUUCAAGUACAGAAGAUGUGCUUGGAAGAGAUGCAUGAGGAAAAUCUCAUGAACAACCGCAAUACGAAACACCCGCCCCAGCCAGAGUACAUCUAUUAUGUCUGGCAGAGUUUUUUUGAACAGCGAAAGCAGAUUAUCUUCCUCAGACAAGAAAAUGAGAGAAAGACUGCUGAAGUCAAUAAAUUGUUCAGCCAGCUUCUUGAAAAGGAAGAUAUUCAAAAGGAGAAAGAAAUGGAACUCCUAGACGUGCGUGGAAGGAACUUUGAGCUCAAAGCAAAGCUUGAUAAAGCAAUAGAAAAACUCAAAGAAAUCCUCCAGCAGAAGAAAAAUGAGAAAGACAAGGACAAAAAGGAUCGGGAGCUGCAAUUAAAGCUUGAUGAAGCUCUGCAAAAAAAUACAGAAAUCCUCCAAGAGAAGAAACGGCAGGACAUAGAACUCCAAAACUUGGGGAUCAAAUACAAAGCAUUGCUUCAAGAGAAAAAGCAACAACCGAUCAAACAGAAAGAAAGCAAGCUUGAAGACUCGGAGGAAAACUACAGAGAGCUGAAAACAAAGCUUGAUAAAGCACUGCAAAGAAAUAACCAGAUUCUUCAAGAAAAAGAACAACUGGAAAGAAACCAGAGAGACAUGCGGUGCCAACUCCAAAGCAUGGAGGAAAAAUGCCGAGUCCUGGAAGUAAAACUUGAUAAAACUGCAGUGCACAAGCAGAAAUAUCAAGAGCUGCUUCAAGAGAAAGAACAACAGGACAUAAAGCAGAAAGAAGACAAACGUUUACUCCAGGGCUUUGAGAGGGAAAACCAAAAGCUGCAAGAACUUUACAAGAAAAUGAACUACAAAGCAACUGAAAUGGAAGGAGAGAAGGAGAAACUGCGAAAACAGUGCUCAGCGAUGCAGAGUCAGCUCAAUGACAUGCUGACAAAAAACACCAAACUCGAGGAACUUUCAAACACCUUGAAGUGCAAAAACACUGAGGUGCAGGUGCUAAAGCAGCAACUCCAGAAAACAAAUGAAGACCUGCAGUGCAAACUUGAAGAAAUGGAGAGGAAAAGUCAACAGUUAGAAGACACUCACAACAAAUCACAAGAGCGUUAUACAGAGAUGCAGGAGGCAAAGGUAAUGCAGGAGGCAACUUCUAAUGAGUUGAAAGAAAGGCUCAAAGACAAACAAGCCGAAUUAGAAGAAGUGGAGAAAACAUGCAGGAGACUUGAGAAGGAGAAUACAGAAACAAUCGAUCAGCUGAGAAACCUGAUCCUAGAGAAAAAGGUUCUCGUGGAAAAGCUCCUGGAAAAGAAGAAGAAACGCUUCCGCUUCUUCUGGAGGAAGGACACUCAUGCUUUGUCUGGUUUUUCCACUGCUGAUGUCACCUCGUCUUCCUCCACCUCUGUUCCAUCGUAAUUUUGACCUCCCCUCUCCUGCCCUCUCCCUCUCUCCUGACACCUUGACACCUCUCCUCCCUAGCUCCCUUGAACU